CUGAAGAACGAAACUUUUCCAAAAUUGAUUUAUCGUUUUCACAAUUAUUACCAAGUACAUCAACAAAAGCCUAUGAUGUAAAGAACACGACUUACUCAUCAUUUGGGUUACACAACUUUACAAGUGUUAAAUUAGUGCAAAUGACAGAGACAACCUUAGAAGAUACUGAAAACCACUUACCAUCAUCAGAGACUCAGAAAACAGACAUCAUGAUAAAAAUACCCACAAAUAAUAAUAAUAAGAUUAACUUAAAUGAAAACAUAUACACGGAAAAUAAUUUAGAAAAAGACAAAUAUUCCCAGAAAAAGGCUUUGGGAUCACCCGGCUUUGGAGAUAUUUCAACUUUAAGGGGACCAGAAUAUGAUUACAAUAAUGACCAAUACAUAACAAGUAAAAAUCGUACCCAUACGGAUGAUUUAAUGGAUGGAAUCAACGAACUUGAUACAACGACACUUUUUAGUUACUAUGAAGACUCAAGUGACGAACACUCAGAACAUCAAAACAAUCAAGCUUAUAAUGAAUCGAACCCUAUUUCGACAGGAACAUACCAAAACUACCAAUCGAAAUCCGAUAUAGACAACGGGUCGCCCCUUACAAAAAAUGCUACAAAUAACAUACUUCUUAUGCUAACGACAAAAACGCCUGAAGAUAGCGAAAACGAUAUGGAUGUCAUUCUAUCCACCCAGAAAACUACGAGAAUUCCAAUGAAAUUGGAACCUGUCGACACGACUAUGAUAGGUUCUAAAAUUUACCUUUUAGACCCAUAUACAAUGCAAAACAUUCUAACUCGGGGCGUUGAUAAAAACAAAGAGCAAUUGAAAUAUUCAACGGACAACAUAUUUAUGGCGUACACGACAUUAAAUAUGCAUACUGAUAAUAAUAACAGAAAAGAAAAAACUGAUUUCAUAGAGAACAUCACCAGUUUAAGUGAGGGUAGAGUUACUACGUUAAGUUUGGUGCCUGUCGAAACACAAAUUAAUAGCUUUACAAACAGUUUCGAACUAAGCAAAUCUAAAAGCAGCAAGCAGGACGUUGUAGAGAGCACUACACAAAUGUUUAAUAUUUAUACGAACCCAUCAGAUACCAUUAACUCUUAUACCCAACUAUUCAGUCAAAAUGUGAACGAGAAAAAACUUACUGAGAAUACGUCUCCUUCAUACAAUAUAUCACAUGCAAAUAAUGGAUUUAAUUCAAUAGCAAUAAGUAAAAAUAAUAAAACUAACAUAAAUUUUGCACUUAAAAUUGGCACAGCAGACAAAAACAUUUCAUAUAUUUACACACCUAAAUUAUCCAAAAUAAAAGUCACCAAACUUAAACCAAUAUCAACAACGUAUAAAAGUAAGAAUUCACAUAAAGAUGACAAAUAUUUUGGUGCAAACAGCAAAGUUAUUGAUGAUAAAGCAAAAAAUAAGUUUGUAAAAAACGUGGAAGAUGCUAUCACUAGCAAUUUGCAAGAACUUUUAUCCAAUGUUCAGAAUGGCAAGCUGAGGGAAGAAAAAGGUGUUAAUAUAUUCAGUUCACGCAUACAUAGACCAAGUGCUGUACGAGCUUCUCCAGCUGCAGUAACAAAAAGUAUAAGAUAUAACACAUACAGACCAACUACAAAGGAAGAUCUUGAAUUGCUUAAAUUUGACAGUCAACCUAUAUUUAACACAGUCAUGUAUAAAAAGAUUUACGAAAAACCACAUUAUCAAUCUCAAGGGCUCAAUAAAUCGUGCAAUCAUUUAAAAAGUCUUAAAAAAACAUUCAGUUCUGAAACUGAAUUCAUAGCUGCCCUAAAAGCAGCCAAUUGCACAGAACAAACAAUGACACACAAUCAAAAAACUUAUUUAGGUUUCCCAAAAAAAUUAACAAAAAAUGUACGUUUGACAUCAAAAACUACUAAUAAUGAAGCCACCAACGGUACACUAAUGAGUUUGCCUUUAAUGGAACUUAAUACUGAAACUGGUUAUAAACAUCAAAUUACGAGAGAAAUAAAUAGAAAACCACCAUUAUUAAACUUUUACACAAAUUCCCAGUCAAAGCUCGUUCCUGGAAAUAAAUUACUUAUGAAUAGCAAAACCAUGGCUGAUGAUGAAAAAAGUAACAAGAACAAUUCGCCAUUUCCAAGAGUUAAUCAAAAUAAACGUCUCCUGAUUAAUGGCCAACCAAACUCAGACAAUACCCUAGCAAUACUUUCUGAUUCUAAUGAAGAAAUGGCUACUGGAAAGACAGUGCUGAGUCAUAAUGAAGAGAUUCGGUCAAAACUGAAAAUCAAUCAAAAUUUAUCGACUAAUAAUUUUUCUGAAUUCAAUGCUGAUUCAUUCGAGUUAAUUAAAGACACUGCUUUACCUAAAAAUAAAGAAUAUUCAGAUCCGGUAUUUGAUUUAACUAGUAACAUAUUUCCUGAUAGAGGAGAAAAUAAAAAUUUACUCUCAAUAAUGGAUUUCAAUAUAAGUGGGUCACCUAUUAAAUUUGUAAAUACGAAUUCAGCUUCAGUGUUUGAUACAAUCGCUCAUAAAAAGCCAAGUAUUGAUACGAAAAAAGUUGUGAUACCAACGGAUUCCGGAAAUUUUAAAGAAGUUCCACAGAAUAAAAACAAUUUAUUUCCAAUAACAGAUUUGAAUAUCAGUACUAUAUCAUUCAAAGAUAGUCAAGAUACACAGCCGUUACUUGAAUUCUUUAAGAAUUCUCAUCAAACCAUAUCAAAAAGUACAAAAUUACCUCAAAACUUAAUAGAAAAUAGUGCUGUUUCACACGGUGAAUAUUUACUUCCAAUGUUGCAAUUGAAUACAAACACUACGCCAAUUAAAGACAAUCAAGACAACACAUAUUCAUAUAAAUCUUACGGAUUUUUAAGAAACUUCCAAGAAAGCAUUAAAACGAAUAAUAGCACCAACGUUAAUUUGUUACCACAAAAAAGAGACGGCACGAAUUUGCUUCCCAUAGUUAGCUCUAAGAUCAGUGCACCGCAGGCUGAAAACGAUUUGGAUGCAUUUUUUAACGUGCCUGUCGGACUAGUUAGAGCACCCGUCCAUGAACAAGCAGCCAAAAUAAAAUUAGACCCGAAUUAUGUAGAAAAUAUGAAUUAUUUUUUCCAAAACGAAUACAGUAAUAAUUUUGUUCAAAUGGCGGAUUAUAACUCUGAUCCUGGGAAACAAAAAAAUACAAAUUUAUUAAGCUCAUCUGGAUUUCAAGAAAAUCCUCAACGCACUAUGGUAAUAAAUAGCGUUUUUGUCCCGAAUAAAGAAACAAGCAAACAUUACUUUCCAAUAGACGAAAACGGUGAACAUUUUCCGGCCGUUGUGACUCCAACGCAGGGUAACAUUACUAAUUUGCGUCAAGUUCCGGAACACAAAACCGCCCAAGAAACCUUAGGGAUAAACAGAAAUUUAGUUUCUCAAACAAAAGAAACAGAAUAUUUACUGCCAACUGUAGAAUUUAAUAAUAUUGCUCCAAUUGCCAUUAAAAACAGAAGCUUAACGGUGUCACAAUCGCCAGUGGUGGAAAGUAAACAAAACUUUCACCCGGAGAAGGAAGUCCACAUGAAUGUAUUUAAACACAAGGUGGAUAAUGAGGGUUUGUUUCCCACCAAUUUACAAUCCUCGUAUGGAUUUCAAGGAAAUUCCCCUCAAAUUAAAGGUAUUAAUAAUUUUUCCACUCAAAAUAAAAAAGACAACCACUAUUUCCCAUUAAGUGAAGAUGUAUCACCCGUGGUUGUAAACGUAUCAUCAACGCAAGGUAAUAAUAACAAGUUGUAUCCAUCAACUGCACAUCAUAAAAAUCCGCAACAAACUCUUGGAAUAAAUAAAAAUCUAGUUUUGCAAAAAGGAGGAAGGGAGCAUUUACUGUCAACUGUAGACUUUGAAGAUAAUUCUCGAUACAAGAUUACGCACAAAAAUCCUCAAGAAGUUUCGAUAAAAAAUCAAAAGAUGGUAGAACAAAACAUGCAUCCAACCAAAGAAGUACACAUGAAUUUGUUUACGCACAAAAAGGAUACGGGUGGUUUGUUUCCUACCAAUUUACGACCCUCGUUUGGAUUUGAAGGAAUGCCCUUCAAAGAUGUACCCGUUGGAAGCAACAGUGGUUUCGUUCAAAGCAAAAAAGAAAACAAACAUUACUUUCCGCUAAAUGAAAACAGUGAAAAUGUAUCACCCUUAAUAGUAAGUGUAACUUCGAGGCAAGAUAAUAUCAAUAAUUUGCAUACAUCAUCUAUGUAUCAUAAUAAUCCAUAUCAGAAUAAACUUAAUACAAAUUAUAUUCCACAAAAAGGAGUCAGUGAAAACUUACUUCCAAAUUUUGAUUUUAAUUCUAUUGCUCUAAGGGAGAACAAAAAUUCACAUCCAUACACACCUAAAGAAGUCCAAACGAAUUUAUUCAUGCCGAGAAAGGAAAACAGGGAUCCGAUCCAAUUUAAUGUAAGUGUUUCUCCAAAUUUACAACUUCAAAAUGGGAAAUUAGCAACUGAAGAAAAUAGAAUUUUAUUGCCAAAAAAAGAAGUCAAUAGUAACGUGUUCACCCACUUACAAGACAAUGGGGAUUUACUUCCCAUGUUAACAUUGAAUGACAGCACAGCUUCAGUUAAAAAUACUGUUACAAAUUCAAAUAUUAUUGAUUUUUUGAAAAAUGCUCAACUACCUAAAAGUGAGAGACACACACAUAAAGAUAAUAAUGUGAAUACACCUAAGAUUGAAUAUAAAUUUAAUGUAGCUCCAACAAAAGACACCAAUUCAAAUCGACCGACUGGAGCCCUCAAAAGUAUCCAACACACUGUUGAAAUACCCAAACCUUUGUUACCACAAAAAGAAGUAAAAAAUAAUGUGUUCUUACAUAAGGAAGACAACGGAAGCUUAUUUGAAAUACACACAGAUCCGGUAAAAAAAUCGAUCACAAAGCCACGCGCACCCGUUGAACCACAUAAAACACGUCAACAUAUUGUAGUUGAAAAGAAUAAAAAGCCACCUUUCAAUGACAUUCCCAAAAAUACAGUUCCAGGUGUUAACAGCAACAGAAACUUACAUAAAAAUAUAGUAAACAAAAAUAUCAAACAAAUGAAUUUCAAUAAAGGUUCGCUUCUGAGUCCAUUCGGAAAACUAAAUUCUUUUGCCUCAAAAAUUGUACCUCCGCCUAAAGUGCCAAUAAAGCCAAUGAAAAGAAUGAAAUUAGGAAACAGAAGAAUGGAAGUCAUGACGAUGAAUACACAAGAUUUCUUUUCACAGCAUCGGUUUGUUACAAGCCGGAACCUAUUUAAAAAUAGGCCUGCUAUUAACAGACCUGUCACGUCAUUUCCAAGACACACUAUUUUGAGACCUAAAUUCGAUACUAUCGAUAAAUCCAGAGUUAAAUAUAAAGUGCGACCUAAACCAUUAAUUAUGAAACAUACCGACAGUAUGUUUGGAGACCACUUCGAUACCGUGAAACAAAACAAGCCAUCAAAUUCAGAUAAAAAUAUUGUCCCAAGAAUUGGAUUGAUUUCAAGAAAAUCAAGAAUAAACAAUGUCAUAGAUCGACCAAUAUGGCGUACGACCGAGAAGCCAAAAUUCUUUAAAGACAGGAUAGAUUCAAUUCGGAACUACUUAUAUAAUUCUGAGUUCGUGAAGGCAACGGAAAAAACUGUGCUGCUAGACCACAUGGUGGGCAAGCGCGUGUCCUCGGAGGAGGGGCGGCCCGCGGCGCCGCGCAGGCAAGACGGCGACGGCUCCACCACGCAGGAGCCCAACACACCGAGGCCAAGGAGAACCAUUUUUUUUUUAAGUCCAACUUUAUCUUAUAAUCAAUAUUUUUAAGUUUUUGUAAGAAUUCAAUAUAUGUUCUAAGUGAUAUAUUGUCUUGUUUUAUUUAAUUUCUAAAUAAAUUAUCAAGGUUAUAGUAGGAAGAUUUAACGAUUUGUGUAUUGUUGUAACUGCGACAUGCCUCAGACUGUAUCUCAUAAUGCUCGUAUACUUUGUGAGUGAAAUAAUGGAGAACUAACUCCUUUAUGUAAGGCUGUGCUCUAUGAAGCUAAUACAUGCAUUCAGUUUCUUAACAUAUUGUUUUUAGUAUAAUUUCAACGAUUCCAACUAUUUAUUUACUACAAAAUACCUGAGUCAGGUAGUUGAAAAUGUCCGGUAUCCCCGUCCUACUUACUGUUCGGCUA